AUGCGGGAGCUUUUACCUGCUGUGAUCAUCCUCUUGUUACUCCCGAAAGAGUCGGUGUGCAUUCAGGUGACUGUUGCCCAGCAGGAGCGUAGCACCUUUCUGUUCGCUUCAGUGACUCUACGCUGUGACUUCUCCACCUCGGCUAACCUUCAAGAUGUUCUGAUCACCUGGAGGUUCAAGUCCUUCUGCAAGGAUCCUGUCCUCGAGUACUACUCCACAUCAUACCAGGCUGCAUUACAGUUAGGACAGGAUCCAGCCAAUGACUGCCCAGACCGCCAGCGGACGGUGCGCACUGUGGUCCAGAAGAGAGGGACCAGCGAGCCCAUACUGGGCUCAGAGUACCGCGAACGCAAGAUCUCCAUCCAGAAUAAGGCCGACCUGGUGAUCAAUGAGGUGAUGUGGUGGGACAAUGGGGUGUAUUACUGCUCCAUCGAUGCUGCUGGAGACACCACUGGAGACUCGGACAGAGAAAUCAAACUCAUCGUUUACCACUGGUUAACGGUGCUGCUGAUCAUCAUCGGAGCAAUCCUGCUGAUCAUCCUCUUCUGUAUCUGCUGCUGCCAGUGCUGCCCUCAGAGAUGCUGCUGCUAUGUCCGCUGUCCCUGCUGCCCACAGCAAUGCUGCUGUCCUGAGAAAUUGGUGAUGCAGCAUCGUAUGAUGAAGGAGGCUCAGAGGGCCAUGGCCCCCUGGAUGGGGGGACAGCCCGUAUAUGCACCCAUGACUCAUGUUUCCUCUUCCCAAAUGAACCCGCUGCUCUAUGCAGGAUCUGCUUCAGGGAAGAGUAUCCCUAUGAAGCCUAUGCCCCUUCCUCCUCCUCAGCCUUCAGCGUACAGUAUGCCCCCUCCCAGUUUGCCUGGGAACAAUACACCUGCCAACACCAAUCAAAUGCUGGACUACCUGGAGAGCCAGGUGAGGGGAAUGGACGUGGCCAGCCCUCUGCUACAGCCCCAGCCGGCGCCUCACCUCCAGCAGAUGCCACCCCCUCCCCAACACAUGCCCUUGUCUGUCCCAUUCUCCCCUGGCCCUCCCAGCAUGCUCUCUGCCCUUGACGGGCCCUCAGACCGUCGUGUCAUCACACUUCCACCAAUCAGAGAGCCGCAGUCAGGCAGAGGACCACCACCUGCACCCAAGACACGCCCCCCGAGCUCCAGUGAGAGCAGCCGUAGCGGCUACAUCCAUCGUCGUGAUGACCGAGGCGGAGGAGCGAGGCGUUACCCAUCACCAGCCCGUUCUAGAGGUGUUCCUCGGAGCUACAGCGAGGAGUCACUGGAUGGACGAAGCCGCAGCGGGGCACGAGGAGGGACGGACCGCCCUCGUUCCCGUUCCCGGGACGACCUGCUCGUGAUAAGACCCCAAGGAGGCUACUCUCCCCCGGCAUCAAGGCGGUCGAGAAGGGGGUCCUGGAGCUCAGAUGAUGAAGGCAGCAGUCGGAGAGGAGGAACAAGAGGAGGCAGAGGCUGGUCUGACAAACCUCCCAGCUACACAGAGUACGAACCUGGACAGAAACCAGGAGCACGGAGGAACGAGCGCUACUCUGACAAGAGCUCCCGCAGUGGCACCAGUGUCAUCAUCUGAGCCUUCCUGCCGUGAAACACCAUGUGACCUCUGUUUAAGAGAACAUGCACAACUCCCUAGAAUUGGGACUUGUUAGUUAUCUUGAGAUUUAAAAAAAAAAAAUGUUCGAAUACUGCCAUGCUUUUGAUAUGCCAGCAUGUUUUUAAUCUAAAAUAGCACAAGUGAAGUAUUGGCUAACAGAUUUCUUAACUGUGUAAGCCAGAAGCUGCUCAGUUGACUUCACUGUGCCCUGUUGGCCAGUGGCUUACCCAAUACAGGAGUCAUAACAUGUGAUGUUGACAAUUUCAGGAGUUUGGUGUAGUCGUCACACUCAGAAUGUGCAGCUGGACAAAGCAAAUGUUUGAUGCCAAGAAGCAAAUUACCUUUUUAUGAAUACUCAUUUUAAUAUACCGAUUUUAAAAGAAAUGGAGAACACUUGCAUUUGAAAUUUGACUUGGUUUGAAUCUCUGAAAUUUGACUUGGUUUUUGUAAUAUCGCCCUCUACUGGUCCAGUAGUGUAAUGGAAAUGUUACAGGGGGAGAUUUGACUGGAAGCCUGCUGUUACACAUUAGUAAUUGCACAUUUUUCUUGUAAUUUUUUUUUUUUUUUUUAGAGUUCAUAUAUUAUUUCUUUGUCAUUUUGUGUCAACCUCUAUUUUCCUGUAACAGAACAGUCUGGUACUACCUUUUUAAUCAAGCCAGAAAGAGCAAUGUGCUCUCUAUGCUUGUUUUUCUAACAGCAAACAUAAUGUAAUAUUAGCAUGGUACCACUUAUGGUUGUGUAAAUGUCAGAAAGAGACUCUUGUGAAUGCUCAGGUUAAUUUUUGUUCAUUUUGUAAAUAUUUAUUUUUCUUAACUCCUGGAUGUCUUGAAUUAAUGAGUGCAUUUUUUGUUUCUUUCCAUCCUAAUCUUUUGGAGGAAAAUCUGUUUGUCGCUGUGUAGCUUAUGUUCAUACAAUAAUGAAGUGUAGCUUAUGUUCAUACAAUAAUGAAGUGAUGUUUUUUUUAUGGAAGUGUAUAGGCUAAAUGAGUGUAUACAGCUGGGACAUGGUGUUGGUGAAUGUUUUAUAGGAUAUGAAGGAUUGUCAAUAAAAUUACAGGUUGGCCUGUUCA